CACUCAUUCUGUGUACUGUACCACUAGCAGUAGUUUAGCUUUUCCAAAUCUCCUGACUGGUUCCGGCUAAUUCCCUGCCAAAACUAUCAGUGGAUUUCUUGCUUUUAAUCUCCCAUAAUGCCUUAUUCGAUUAUUGUCAAAGCUCCCUGUCCCGCUCCUCGCUAGCUUUUGCUCUCGAGUCAGAGCAAGCAGGCGGCUCAGUGCUAAAACACCGGACCAAUACGCGAUGGGACGCGCCGAGUGGUGCGGCUGAGUCUGCCGGACUUGGGUGGCUCCUCCAAGGACAUGGGGCGGCUUCUCCUUUGCAUGCACCUGCUCAGCAUGAGCUGCGUCGUUGGGAAUCAGCUCGGAGAAGUAAGGAUCUAUUCAGAAAAUAUCACCCAGAUAUUAGACCGUCUGCUGGACGGAUACGACAACCGACUGAGGCCAGGCUUUGGAGGGCCUGUGACAGAAGUCAAAACUGAUAUCUAUGUUACCAGCUUUGGUCCAGUUUCAGAUGUUGAAAUGGAAUACACUAUGGAUGUUUUCUUUCGUCAGACCUGGAUUGAUGACAGGCUGAAGUUUGAUGGGCCAUUUGAUAUCCUCAGACUCAACAAUCUCAUGGUUAGCAAGAUCUGGACUCCAGAUACGUUUUUUAGAAAUGGCAAGAAGUCCAUCUCUCAUAACAUGACUACACCCAACAAGCUCUUUCGAAUUAUGCAGAAUGGUACAAUACUUUACACAAUGAGGCUAACGAUUAAUGCGGCAUGUCCUAUGAGACUGAUGAACUUCCCAAUGGAUGGUCAUGCCUGCCCUCUGAAAUUCGGUAGCUAUGCUUAUCCCAAAAGUGAAAUUAUUUACACAUGGAAGAAAGGUCCUCUGCACUCUGUGGAGAUACCCCAGGAAUCAUCAAGUCUUCUCCAAUACGAUCUCAUUGGCCAGACAGUGUCAAGUGAGAUCUUAAAAUCGAACACAGGUGAAUACAUAGUUAUGACAGUUUAUUUCCACCUACAAAGGAAGAUGGGCUACUUCUUGAUUCAGGCUUAUAUUCCUUGUAUAAUGACAGUCAUACUUUCUCAAGUGUCCUUCUGGAUCAAUAAGGAGUCAGUUCCUGCCAGAACGGUGUUUGGCAUUACUACUGUUCUGACUAUGACCACCCUGAGCAUCAGCGCCCGGCACUCUUUGCCAAAAGUAUCCUACGCCACUGCCAUGGACUGGUUUAUAGCAGUCUGCUUUGCCUUCGUCUUCUCGGCACUUAUUGAGUUUGCAGCAGUUAACUACUUUACCAAUCUUCAGGCACAGAAGGCGGCGAGAAAAGCAGCCCGGGCAGCAGAGUUGGAGGCAGCAGCUGCAGCAUCUGAGGAGGAGACUGUCUCGCAGCAAUCUGAUUCCAACUGCAACCUGAAGAAGAGGGGAAACUCCAUUGUUUCUCGUGGUGAUGUAUCCCUGGCAGAAAGUAUUCAAACCAUUUCACCUCCAAUACCGCAGUUCCUCCAGCAGGGCUCUGCAAUUCCUUCAAACCCCAAUGCACUUCUCACCGGGACCAGCACAAUAGACAAAUAUGCCAGAAUUCUGUUCCCAUUGUCAUUUGGAGCAUUCAACCUGGUUUACUGGAUAGUUUAUCUGUCAAAAGAUACCAUGGAGGCAUCCGGAAAAGCUUGAAGCAAACUAUUUUACUGAAGACAGGAUUCUCCAAACUCUUACCACCCCCCUGCCUAUCUCAGUAAAGAUGUCUUGUUUGGCAAUACAUAUAUUUUCACCACAUCUGU